CUCCCACGAGCUGUCUUUGUCCAGUCGCUACGCGAAUCUAGCUAUUUGUUGCCGAUCCGGCCCGAGUUUCUCGCUUCGUCGUCUGCCAAGUUAGUCAAUCCCCGUGGCCAUAUCCUCAACACCGAUGCUGUCACCCAGACCUUUUCAGCGUCAGUGGUCGCAGGACUAAGCGAUGAAAGAGUGCUUUCACUCUUUACUAGCGGCUUCUUCGGCGGGUUUGUCUUUGGCUUUGAGCGCUUUAUCUUGCGUAUUGGGGGCUACAGGCUUCUCCCAGCUAGAUACACAGGUUUUGAAACCCCCCCGGACGCAGCCACCGUCUGGAAUAAGGCUGACGUGCCCAACACUCAUCUGCUUCCUGUCGGCAGCUGUCUUUUUGGCUCGUUCCGCUUGCUUACCAAGCACAUCGCCGUUGUCCCCUCUGUGGAAGAGCCCAGCUACGUCGACUACGGCUUUGGUUCGGACGAGUUCAUCUUUGGCGGCUGCCACCGUUUCCAGAUCACCCGCUUGCCCGUCGCGGAA